AUGUCUCACCUUGAGAUUGAGAGAGCAAGGAGAGAGAGAGAGCAGAAAGAAAGAGAGGGUGCCUCCAGCGAUACUUCAAACAAAGAAAGCUUGUCGGAUCAAGAGAAGGAGGACUCGGUUACGCUAAAAUAUCCCAUGUUGACAAAGAGCAAUUAUGCAGCAUGGGCUAUUAAAAUGGAAGUGUUUAUGAUGGCUCAAGGUGUAUGGGAGCCAAUCGAGUCUGAAGGUCCAGUUGAUAAACGAAGAGACAAGAUGGCAUUGGCGGCCAUCUAUCAAGGUAUAGGUGAAGAUACCUUGCUUCAACUAGGGGCCAAGAAGACAGCAAAGGAGGCAUGGAAUAUGCUCAAAGUUAUGAACCAAGGCGCAGAAAGGGUGAAGGAGGUCAGAACUCAAACCUUAUGGAGUGAAUUUGAUGCAGUGAAGAUGAGUGAUUCAGAGACAAUAGAUGAGUUCUCUGGAAAACUCACCAUCAUCGUCAAUAAAUUAAGAAGCCUUGGGAACAUUGUUGAAGAUGAAAAGAUAGUUUCAGCCAUAGAGGAAUUUAGUGAUCUGAAAACCAAAUCGGUAGAGGAGGUAAUUGGAUCAUUAAAGGCUCAUGAAGAACGUUUGCUCGGUUAUGGAGGCAAUUCAGCUGAAACAGUCCUUCUCACGAGAGCUGAAUGGAAGGCCAGAGAGGAGGGCAGCACUUCCAUAAAAGCUCAGAAUAGCAACAGUGGAAAGGGGGGCAGAGAAUGUCCCACGAAAGAGAGAGAUGAAAAGGCUAAUUUAACACAAGAAGACGAAGGACCAUCCUUGCUGCUGCUGGAAACGUGUGUGCCAGAAUUGUUACCAGCAGAGGAGUUUGAGAUAAUUAUGCUGCAAGAAAAUACCAAUGAAUCCGAGACAAAAGAAAGUAAUUGGUAUUUGGAUUCUAGUGCAAGUAGCCACAUGUCAGGUGAAAAACGCUACUUUGUAGAAUUAAACCUUACCAUUACAGGAAAAGUAAGAUUUGGUGAUGGGUCCAUGGCUAGCAUUUGCGGACAAGGUUCAAUUCUAUUCCAGUGCAAAAAUACUGAACACAUAACUCUACAGAAUGUUUAUUAUAUUCCAAGGCUUAAGAGUAACAUUAUAAGUCUUGGACAGCUUGAUGAAGCAGGAAACUCAAUUGUGAUUGGCAGAGGACACCUGAAGUUGUAUGACAGGAGGAGCAGGCUAGUGGUGGAUGUUGUGAGAGGAACAAACCGGCUUUACAUUGCAGCCUUAGAGCUUGCUACACCAAUCAAUUUGCUGGCAAAGAUGGACAAUGAAUCUUGGGCAUGGCAUGCUAGAUUUGGUCAUCUUAAUUUUGAUUCUUUAAGAAAGCUCAGCAGAAAAGGCAUGGUCAAAGGGCUGCCCAGUAUUGAUCAAGUAAAUAAGCUAUGUGAUGGGUGUCUUGUGGGAAACAGCACAUAA